AUGUUAAACAGGGUUGAGAAAUCUUUUUCCAAGAAAACUGAACAGUAUAACCGUCUUUUCCUAGCUAUUGAUCAGUUUGGUUUUGAGAUUAUGCUUUGCACCGCUUGCGCUUCUCAGAGCCUGGUAUGCAAGAUGAUGGAUAAUGCAAAGUAUUGUUCUCAGUAUAUCCGUUGUACUUGUUCUUGUAAUGGCUGUAGGGUUUCUGUUUCUGCUCUUUCGCGCAUUAUAGCAGAAGAUAAGAGGCUGGAAUCGAAGGAGUGGGAGGUGGAGGCAGAGCUGGAGGGAGCUCAUCAUCGAGCGUUGGAGGUUCUUAACGAGGCUUGCGCGAAGAUCUCGGAAUCCGCUGCUCGUCUUGCUCGCCUGUGCAUCCAGCAUAGGUCUCUUGCUUCCCGGGGCGCUCAGAUGGUGAAUGCGGGCCUUGAGUCUCUUGAUAAGCUGGAUGAGCGGGAAUGUUGUGAGGAGGAGGAAUGCAAUCUUGCUGCAUUGGUUCGUGAAGCAGUAUCGGCUGAGAGUAUUUUGGCUGAGGAUUCCCUGUUUGAUGGUUUUGACUGGAACUCUGUUAACCCUAGUGGGGCUGUUGUGGAUUAUUCUGGAUUUUUGGGAAGCGAGGUUCCUGAGGCUUCUGAAUCUCGGUCCGGGGCGGAGCGGUCGUCCUAG